CUUGCAUGAGAGUUUUUCUUGUCUUUGUCCUGCCUAUAAGCCGAUUGCGUGGAAGGCAACCGAGAUACCGUCUUCCACCCAAUAGUUUGCACAGGUACAUCCAAGAUGGCGGCAACUCCUACGGCGCCAUCGUACACUUCAAGCCCCCAUAUGCAAAGAAGCUCGUCGUAAUGAUCGACGUAUUUCCAUGUCGUAGGGUGAGAACCUUGAGCAAUGGAUGAAGAUGAUUGCAGUGCCUU